AUGCUCAAUUUUCUAUUAUUCAAGGUUAUUUUCAUCGGUGCUGUGAUGGAUCCAGUAUGGCGGCAAAUCUUACGUCUAUCUAUGUGGAUUGGUGUCCUUGGCUUCCUUCGUAUUUUUAGUUUACUUAGUCGAGAUCGAUUUGAAAAUUUGGCCACGGUUGCUUAUGCUCCUCCAAAUGCAUAUCGUAAGAUCACUGGAUUAUUAUGUGGUAUCUUUGUGUCAAACAUUAUUUGGUAUAUUGGAAGUAUGAUAUUGUUUCCCAACUCGUUAACUUUUUUGACAUUGGAGUUUCUUCCUGUUGCUUUGGAUACUACUCAAGUCAUUACAAAAUAUUUGGCUCAUCUUUUGGAUCAAUCUAGAGAAAAUGGAUUUGAAAAUAAACGAUUGAUCAAUUACUAUGCGGAGAUCAGUGCUGAUGUCUUGAUUCUUGGAUGUACUUUACUUCAAUAUUUACAACUGAUGUGGAUGCAUGGAAUCUCAUUCGGAUUAGUGGAUAUCGUUUUAUUCCUCAAUGUACGUAGUGUGUUGAAGAAUCUACAUAGUAAAGUAGUGAUUCAUCGUGAAAGAUGGAGAGCCAUGUCUUAUGUACGAAGCCAAUAUGUGGACGCUACUAGUGAAGAAUUGGAUGCUUACGAUGAUGAUUGUGCGAUUUGUCGGGAUGAAUUGAAAACAGCCAAGAAACUUUCCUGUGGACAUCUUUUUCAUUUGUAA